CCUCAGGGUCAGGCCAUUCUGACAUAGGGGGGAUGACCUACCAUCCGCCUGAGCCCUUUCCCUGUGCCACGAGCUUUAUCACACGUUGCCUCCCCCAAACUGGUGAGGUAGGUUCACCUCUGUGACUCACUUCUCAGAUGAGGAAACCAAGAGAGAGAGCCAAGUGAAACCGAGUUAUGGAGCCCGGGUCUGCUCAGGGCCACCGGCUGUGCCACCUGCUGUCUUCUGAAUCUAAGGCUUUUGGGUGAAUGUGUUCUGGGGCCCAGAGUUCCAGAGUGGGCCUGACACGGUUCAAAACUCAACUCUGUUACUUGCUUACCUGAAUGAUCUUAGGUGUCUGGGACCUGGAUGGAGAAUACUUCUCUCAGCUACGAGUAUGGGGAUUACGACUGGGUUCCGGAUCUCCCCGUGGACUGCAUGGACGGCACCUGCAUCUCCACCUACCCACUGCGCACCGCCGUGCUUCUGCUGUACGCCGCCGUCUUCCUGGUGGGGGUGCCCGGCAACGCAAUGGUGGCCUGGGUGACAUGGAAAGAGGCCCGCCGGAGGGUCGGGGCCACCUGGUUCCUACAUGUGGCCGUGGCCGAUCUGCUCUGCUGUGCGUCUCUGCCUCUCCUGGCGGUGCCCCUAGCGCGCGGGGGCCCCUGGCCGUACGGGGCGGCGGGGUGUCGGGCGCUGCCCUCGAUCAUCCUGCUGUCCAUGUACGCCAGCGUGCUCCUUCUGGCCGCCCUCAGCGCGGACCUCUGCCUGCUGGCCUUCAGGCCCAGCUGGGGGGCUGCGGCGGGGCGGGCGCGCAGGGUGCAGGUAGCCUGCGGGGUCGCCUGGACCGUGGCCUUGCUGCUCACUGUGCCCUCGGCCAUCUACCGCCGGUUGCACCGGGAGCAUUUCCCUCACCGGCUGGACUGCGUGGUGGACUACGGCGGCUCUGUGGUGCUGGAGAGCACGGUGACCGCCACCCGCUUUAUUUUUGGGUUCCUGGGGCCGCUGGUGGUCGUGGCCAGCUGCCACGGUGCCCUUCUGUGCCGUGCGGCCGGACACCGCUGGCCCCUGGGCAUGGCCGUAGUGGUGGGUUUCUUUGUCUGCUGGGCCCCCUACCACCUGCUGGGGCUGGUCAUCACAGCCGCUGCCCCACACUCCACGCUCCUGGCCCAGGCCCUGCGGGCUGAGCCGCUGGUCAACGGCCUCGCUCUGGCUCACAGCUGUCUCAAUCCUGUGCUCUUCUUGUAUUUUGGGAGGACUCAACUGCGCAGAUCACUACCAGCUGCCUGUCGACGGGCCCUAAAGGAGUCACAGAGCAAGGAUGAAAAUGCCGUCGGCCAGAAAUCCACCAGCCAUGAUCUAGUCUCGGAGAUGGCGGUGUAGGCUGGAAGGAAACUGGACUGUGUGCGACCCUCGGAUUUCGCAAGCUAGCUUCAGGCAUAGCUGGAUCCAGUGGCUCAAUGAUAUCAUUUCUUUCUUUAUUCAUUCAACAAACAUUCACUGAACAAACAUUCAGUGUAAGGCCCUGUUAUAGGCACUGAGGAAAUAGCAGUGACCAAGAGACACAAAUCCCUGCACCCAGGGAGCCGGCAUUUUACUGGAGGAAGACAGGAAAUAAACAAAGGAGAAGAUAUGCAAUAUAACAAGUCGUGGCAAGGGCUAACCUAAAGGGGACAAAGAGGACUGAGUGGGGCAGGGAUAUAAGUAAGCUAGGCAAGGCCCAUUGAGUAAGGUGAUAUUUGAGCCCAAACCUGAGGAAGGGAGGGAGGAGUGAUGCUUAAAUCUGGCAGGAAAGCAUGUCAAGCACUGGGAGCAGCAAGUACAAAGGCCCUGAGGCACAAUAUGCUCGGCAUAUUUCAGGAAGAGCAAAGAGGCCAAUGUGGAUGAGGCAGAGGCAGCAAGAGGGAAAGUAGGGUGAGACAGAGGGAGAGAGGUAGUGGGGGGCUGGAUUUGAAAGCCUUCCAGGCCAUAGUAAGUGUUUGGAGAGCCAUGGCAGUGUUCUGAGCUGCAGUUAUCAGAUAAAAUAUAUACCAAAUUAAAUUUGAGUUUCAGAUAAA